AUGUUCACAAGCACACAUCCCGUCGCCGUGGGUACGAAUCCUAUUGACGCAAAAUUCGGCUGGCUCAGAUCGACCACCGAUACGGGUAAUGUCACGAUUGACCAAAUCAGAACAGAUCUCUUGAAGCUUCAGACAUUAGUGUUCAACAACAACGAUACCGUUGACUCUCAAUUGAUGGCCAAGGACAUGCUGUCGACGGACAACUUUGUACCCCAUACGGGAGGAUCGACGUGGCAUUUUAAAGCGCCUGAUGGCCUGCCGAACGAUGCUCAACCCACGGUCCCUACAGAUGCUCAGGCGCAAGGUUUGAGGGAUUUGAAUGCUCUCCAAGUGCAUCAGAAUGCUGUUCUUCGAGAGCAAGACUACCUCAAGGGCGAGCUAUUCGCUACUUGGUGGAUGUACAUGGCCGAUAGGAACAGUUACGGUACAGAUGAACUCAAUGCACGAUACCAAACCGGUAUGUCUACAAUAACGACAGGCUUUCUCCAAAGGAUUCGCAACAUAUACGACGAAGUUGAUCGUGGAUCUGGAGCCGGUCUAGGCUUGAUUACUGACCUUCAAACACAGAUAGCCGCCAAGAAGGCUCAGCUUGUCCUUUUUUACAUGCAGCAUGAUCCUACACUCCUCAUUGCAGGCUUAUCCUCGCAGUGGCCAGCGGAUUGGGACCAGGAUCUGAAGGUCCGACCAAAUCCCCAAGCUUCAAUCAACCCGCCACCAUCAUCGGGGUUUCCUGCUUGGUCACCAUUUACGAAUGAUUUGCUGUUUGGUGGAAAGAUACCCACGGUCCUGAGCUCAGCGAUGACUAGCGCUAUGGGUGAAGGCCUGCUGCGUGACGACCAGUGGGCAGUUCUCGGCACGAAUUCCAAUUAUUAUCACAAUGGAGACACCAUACACGACGCUGGCGUAUGGAAGAAUGGAUGGUUCCCAUUGUUCGUCGAACGGGAGGUCGAGUAUUACCAUGUUCCGUUCGAGAGUUGGGAAUUUGUUCCUCAGGGCUCAGAAGCUAGAAUUGGCUAUUCUCUUAAAGCAGAAGCAGAUCCUGCGAGUGUACUCAUUCAGAACAGCUAUCGAAUUUUGAAAGGCAUGCAUGUCAAUCCUUUGCAAUGGACUCAACAAUAUGGCCUCGUACCUACAGACGACGCAUUGACAGUAGGAGCAGAGAUUGGCUUCGUUGGGAAGGCUGAUAUUAUGCUAAUGGCAGGACACACAUCGAAAACCCCCUUUGCCUCUCUAAUUGACAUCCCUGCUCAAAGAUCACCAUUCAAAGCAUGUACACACGGGCAAUUCCGAUUCACAAAGCUGAACAUCAUCGACAAAUUUGGACAAAUUGUCCGAGGAGUCCAACCGUAUACGGAUCUUUCUAACGCGGCGAGACCUAUUGGACCAACAGCAACGCCUCUGUUCCCCUGUCUUGGUGAUUUCUACUCCGUAGAUCAGAAUGUUGAUGGCACAGCAAAGAUCGUUCUACCUCGUACAGACACUAAAUGCAACUUUGGUCAGCUUCCACCAAGUAUCAAUCAGGAUGCACGUAUAAACGCCUCGUUUCUCAAGGAGGAUAUCCCUUCGACAUGGCGGCAGCUAGACGAGUGGGAGAACCCAAUACGAGGCUGGCUUGUUAUCAAUCCGGCAAAUGUCAGCGUGCAAGUCUUCACGCCAGACGGCCGCUUUGUGCGAGAAUUUGGCGUCGCAAGUCAAAAUCCAAUGACUCGUCCCUUUGCGGUGGACACAGUACUCUACAACACAAUCGACCCGGUUCUCAAGGGCCUCCUAACCAAAUUCGCCGACCAGGGAUACCUGGCAGGAUUCUUCCGCUCCAUCACAGAAACAACAGAAACCACCCAAGCCAACCCGACAAGCUACGCCGAGUCCAUGCUCCGCAUCCUCGGACGCCCACUCGCACUCACCGUCUUCGGCAUAAACCUCGAACUCGCCAACCCGAUGGCAGAAGACAGAAGCACAGCAAACCAACGCCAAAUCGGCCGCAUUGCAAGCGACUACCUCACCAGCUACAACUUCGGCCUCAAAAUCGGCGACAAAGACAACAUCUACGACGGGCUAUACGGCCUAUUCACCGCGGCCCCGAGCGUCGACAAAGGCGUCCUCAUCAACUACAGCGACUACUACACCUACCACACCCGCUCCAUCCUCGACGAACCGAUCCCCAACGGUCCCUCCCGCUCCAUGCCCACCAUCUCCCCCUUCUACCCGGACCCGCACGCCACGAACUUCGCGCAAGAACGCAUGCGCAACACGCGCGUCUUCGCCGGCAUAAUCGACCCCUUCACGCCCAUCUCCCUCACAACCUCUCUCCUACCGAUGAAGCAACUCAAACUGCCCGCCUGGACAAUCGACGCCGGUCUCAAAUCCAUCUCUGCAUUCUUCAAAAUGGGCCCCUUCCUCAUCCCCCAAGACGUUGCCCCCUUCGACAAUCUGAAAGAGGUAGCGGCAGACUAUCGCCUCGAUGACGCCGCCACCGCGCCUGCCUCCAAUGGCACCGUUCCCAUCCCGUCAGUGGGGCUGGGAGAUUGA